CCCACCAAACACAUAAUUUAAACCAACAAAAUUCUUCAAGUAAUCUAACUAGCUACCAAACAGGAAGCAUUGAAAACCUGCCAAAAAAAAAAGUCAGCAGCAGAAAAUGGAAGGAUUGAUUCCAUUUGUAUACAAGUCACUGAAAAAGAGCCAGACUCGCCGGAAAUACGAAUGCCUCUCUUCCGGUGCUGCAGAGCAGCCAUACAACAUCGCUGACUUCUACAUGACAGACAACCUCCUUGAUCGAGAAUACAUCGGCAGAAGAGGGUCUGCCACGCCCGGUCCCCAAGAUACACAGUCGGGCCACCGUGGGGCCCACCACCGGCGUUGCAGCUCUGUGGUGAUCGAAGGUGGCCGUGGUUUUGCAUCAGAUGGCAGUGCUCAUCCUCCCCCUAAGAAGCAAAUUGUGAGGUUUAGAAGCCACAGGAUGCUGUCAUGCAUAACUGGUGCAUGAAUUUUAUUUUUAAAGUUAUUCUUGUUUUUUCAUCUUUCUUUUUGAUUUUUUUGUUUUUUUUGGUGUCUUUGGUGUGCUGUUGUGUGCAUGUAAAUAUUAGGAAGCUUUUACUUGGAAAUGAGUGAAAAGGGUUCUUGCAAAAGCAAGUUUCAAGAA